AAAAUGUUUGUCAGAUCAUGGUGCACCUACACCAGCACAAAAGUAAAUUUGAUGCUACCCACUUCCUAAUUAUCAAUAGAUCAGCAUAGAUGCUGAGGUGAUAGCAUCAUCUCAACAUUGACCUUGGAACCUCAAAACUUCAUAAAGUUGAGCUGGAAUUUUUAUUCUUAUCGGAUUGUCUUGUGAAAGUAGAAUAAGUGUUCAGAAGAACCAUUCAGUAAUGGAGGCAUCCUGUCCUUCCAAUGAAGCAGAACUUCCGUAUAUAAACACAGCAACUGAGGAACAAAUUUACGGGGUUUCUUCUAGAUAAUGGGAGCUGGAUUAUCACAAGAUAAGGUGACGGAACCAAAUGAUGAAGGAUCAAGCAACAACACAUCAUGGAGGAGUAAUAGCGAUGCCAAACCAAGUCAGAGUGCAACACAAGUUCCAUUACCUCAUAAUUGCGAGGAUAUAUUGAAACAUGCAGAUUCACCCAUCGACAGAUCCUCAACAAAGAAGCUACUUGAACAACUUUAUGCAGGGGUAUACUUGAACCAAAACAGGAAGAAGUACUGGGUUGAGAUGGGGUCAAAUCGUAACUGCUUCAUCUUGUUUGCACGAGAUCUUUCAAUAACUUGGGCAGAUGAUGUUCGCUUCUGGCAAUGGCCAUUGUUGAAAGAGUCGAGUGACGAAUGUCUUGCAGUUGCUGAACUGCUCAAUGUUUGCUGGCUAGAAGUGCAUGGGAGAUUUGAAAUAGCUAAUCUUUCACCAGGAACAAUGUAUGAAAUUGUCUUUGUUUUGGAGCUAACAGAUACUGCCUACGGCUGGGAAGUUCCUGUAAAUCUGAGGCUCACUUUACCAGAUGGAAGCAGACAAGAACACAAAGAAAAUUUGAACGAAAAGCCAAGAGGACAAUGGAUAGAAAUUCCAGCAGGAGAAUUCAACACCUCGGAUAAGAUUGGAGAGAUUGAGUUUUCUUUAUAUGAAUACGAGGGAGGAAAAUGGAAGAGAGGGUUAUUAAUAAAAGGAGCUAGCAUCCGGCCAAAAGCCUCAAUUCUGUAACAUCUACAAUUUCCCUGCCUGUGGAAUCUGUACUUCCAUAUAAGUGGAAAAUUAUGAAUAACUGCUUUUGCAGAAUCUAUGAAUAAAUAUAAUUGCUUUCAAUUG